GGUGAUACGUGGUGUAGCUCUCACCCUUUCCUCCCGACCUGACUGCCUCGUCUACAACACCAACAUCAAAGUUUGACCCAACAGAGCAAUCAUGGCUCCCGCAGCCGCAGCCGAGCCAACCUACCGCAGAGACGAGAAGGCCUUUUGCUUCCAUCAUGAGUUGCUCUACGAGGCCAAGGUCACUGAUGUGAGGCCCAGCGAGGACGACGAUGCAAGUAGUGGCUUCCAGUACAAGGUCCACUACAAAGGGUGGAAGAAUACCUGGGACGAUUGGGUGCCUCAGAAUCGCCUUCGCAAGCUGAAUCCUGAAAAUCGUGAACUGGCAAACAGCCUGAGACACGAGAUGCUGAUGGCUCAGCGUGCCGCCCGGGCGCAACCACCGCCCGUGAAGAAGAAGGCACAGGGCUCCACUCGAGGAAGUGAAGAGCGCCAAACUUCUGUCUCCGCUGCUCCUCGUGGUCAGAAACGCAUGCGUGACCAGGACCUUGAAAAGGUCGUGUCUGACUUUUCAUUCCAGGAGGAAACGUUCCAGCAGAAGCGCGCUGUGCGCAUAUACAUGCCGGAUCGACUGAAGAGCCUGCUUGUCGAUGACUGGGAGAACAUUACCAAGAACCUGCAGCUCGUUCAGCUGCCAUCGAGCAAGCCUGCUGCCAUCAUCUUAGACGAGUACUUUGCAUUUGCUACCUCCACAGGUAACCGCAACAGCACUGAGACAGACAUCCUGGAAGAGGUGAUUCAAGGCUUGAAAGAAUACUUCAACAAGGCUUUGGGGCGACUUCUGCUGUACCGCUUUGAACGCGAACAGUUCUAUGAUAUCUCCACGCAGGUCGAGCAGCCAACACACGACCUUGCUGGCAAGUCGAUGUCGGAGAUCUACGGUGGCGAGCACCUUCUGCGCCUUUUUGUCUCUAUGCCAGAACUUAUCGCUCAGACCAACAUGGACGUCCAAGCCAUCAACCGUCUUCGCGAAGAACUUAGCGGCAUGACGACAUGGCUGUCGAAGGAGCCCCAAGUCAAUGCCUUCUUCUCAUCUGUGUACGAGAGCCCGGGACAAGCCUACAUUGACAAGGUCAAGAGCAGCACCUAGGCCCGGGUCUCCCUACAUGUGUUCCACUGUAUCUGUAUCAUCACUUCAGCGUGUUGGAUAGGGCGCUCGCGGACAUUUGGU